AUGCCGAAGACCUCAGUUUGGAAAACGCGUGUUGGAACGCAGAUUCUCAUGGGUAAAAUCACCGAUAUCACACAAAUUGGAAUUGAUCGAAUCCCUUGCGCGCAUGUUAGAUGUCAGAUGAACGAGUUCAACAUCUAUUUGAAGAAGUAUUUUGCCAGAUCUUUUGAUUUUUGGGCUCUCGACAGAACAUCAGUAGGAAGCAUUGGAGAUACCGUCCUGAUUAAGCGAAUUGAUGGAUCUGAAAGACCAAAAGCUAACGUGUCACAUACAGUAGAUCGAGUCAUCUUCAAAUUUGGAAAUAUUAUUGAUCCAGUGACCGGCCGCAAGAUUUUUAAGGAUCAAUUCUCUGACGAAAUUGACUUGAAGAAAAUAAUGAUUGAAAAAGUUGUUGAUGAACCAUUUGCUGAAGAAUCACUGCUGUUCGAAGAAAAAAGAGCACUACAAAUCAGAAAAUUGGAAGAAGAAAAGGCGUCGUUAUUGAAGGCAAUUGACAAUGAAACUCUGGUUGCUGGUGAGGUUACAAAGGGCCCGAGAACGGCUGCACAACGCCUUCCAAGACAUAUGCGGCGAAGAGCAAUGGCUUAUGAGGUUCGCCGAUUUCCACGUGGAAUGCGGGAAUUCGCGGCAGCACACAUUGUUUCCAAACACAGAAAGAAGCCGCCGAGUCGGUUUGCAAGAAGGAAAGCUUCCAACAUUUUGAAGAGUUAUGUGCGUAGACAAAUGACUAAUGGAAAAUGGCUUGAAACCCAUAUUUGGCAUGCAAAACGAUUUCGUAUUGUUCAAAAAUGGGGAUUCAAAAUCGCGGAUCGUAGUUAUCAACGAGGAUAUCGGUCCAUCCUUCGUGAUGCCAAUUCCCAUUGUGCAAUUCGAGAUCAUUCAUAUCUAACAUGUAUAAUCAUUUCCGGAAGUGAUGAACAAAAAAUCAUAGAAAAUCUCAACAAAUUAUGCAAUUCCAAAUGUGGAUCAACGUUUGCUUCGAAACACGCAUUGACGGGCAAAUUUGAAUGCUCAAUACAGCUUUUUCGACCAAAUCAGUAUCCAAAAGGUUUUAUUGGACCUGCAAGAUUUCAAUGGCUCGUCGAAGAAAGCGCAUCAGAAUCCAAGAUCUGUCUCUGGGUUCAUCCAUCAGUGAAUUCUGAGGUUUUCGAAAUUUUGAAAGACGUUUUUGAAGUGGAAAAGAAAGAAUUUACGACAAAAGAAGAAGAGGAAUCAAUUGAGUUGCUCGAGUCUCCUCAAAACAUCAAUAUUCAAAUCAUUGCGUCAUCCUUCAACCGAUUCCGAUUAUAUGGGCCACUAGCUUUGCGAAAACUUAGCUCUGCGAUUAUUCUUUCUGAUGAUACUCGUUUUGAGAAACACCACAAAACAUGGAAAACUGUAGUAAAUUGCCAACGUUCUCUUGAAAUGUUGAUGCCCGGAACCGUAUUUUCGCUUUCAAUCGAGGAUCCAAGGAUUUCGUUUCAUCGCAAGAAAAUUGGUUCGGCAAAAUGUGGAAUUAACAGUUUUCCGGAAGAAUUCGAUCUGGAGCAACCAUGUACUUCAAUUUAUGACGCUGAAGAACGCAAAAAGGCAAGAAACAACAGAUUAUCAUCUGCCGACUUUGAAAAGCAACAAAGUGAAAAAAUUGAGGGUUUGAAAACGACGCCAGCAAAAAUUCCAUGUUUGGUAAUAUUUCGAAAUUCGAAUCAAGGAGUUCUCGACGGCAUCGAAAUUUUAAUUCCUCAGUCGUUUGGCAAAGAUUUUUGGGUUUCCCUUCAACGGCAAGGAGUUCGUGCGAGUGGACUACGAGAUGAUAUUUCGGGGCACUUGGAAGCACGGAAAUUAUGUUUUCCGAAUGAUUCGCUUGAUUCGAAAGCUGGACAAACGCAUGAAAGUGAAAUGAUGGCGGAAAUAAUGAAAAAGUAUAAUGCUCGUCCGCAUAAUCGGAGAACCAAAUUCUGGAGCGCUCUAUCCAUUAAAUAUCCAUUUGAUUUUCAUUUUAACGAAUUGGUCGCAAAUUGGAAUGGAGACAAUGCAUCAGAAGCUGUCAUUUGUAGAGAUUACCAAAUAUUAAAGCAUUUCGAUGCGAUUUUGAAAGGCGAGAAGUCGGAAUUCGAUGUUGAUCGAAAGAAUCUUCUUAUUCCUGUUCGAAUCGAUUUCAUCGCUAGAGGAAGACCGAAAAGAUUCGCGAUUAUUUGUGCACCUAAUGAAUUUGAAACCGAAAAGGCAACAUUCGGACAAAAAUUGACAUUUUAA